AUGGCGGUGAUGGUGAUGAUAGUGCUGGUGGAGGUGGUGAUGAUACCGCAGUGCGCGCAGGCCUUCGCCCGCAAGCACCAGCUCAAGGUCCACCUGCUGACGCACGGCGGCAGCCAGGCCCGGCGCCCCUUCAAGUGCCCGCUGGACGGCUGCGGCUGGGCCUUCACCACCUCCUACAAGCUCAAGCGGCACCUGCAGUCGCACGACAAGCUGCGCCCCUUCAGCUGCCCGGUGGGCGCCUGCGGCAAGAAGUUCACCACCGUGUACAAUCUCAAGGCGCACAUGAAAGGCCACGAGCAGGAGAAUUUGUUCAAGUGCGAGGUGUGCGCCGAGCGCUUCCCCACGCACGCCAAGCUCAGCUCCCACCAGCGCAGCCACUUCGAGCCCGAGAGACCCUACAAGUGUGAUUUUCCGGGCUGCGAGAAGACAUUUAUCACAGUGAGUGCCCUCUUUUCCCAUAACCGCGCCCAUUUCCGGGAACAAGAACUCUUCUCUUGCUCCUUUCCGGGAUGCAGCAAACAAUAUGACAAAGCCUGUCGGCUGAAAAUUCACCUGCGAAGUCACACAGGUGAAAGACCUUUCAUUUGUGACUCUGAUAGUUGUGGUUGGACCUUCACCAGCAUGUCUAAGCUUCUAAGACACAAAAGGAAACACGAUGAUGACCGGAGGUUCAUCUGUCCUGUGGAAGGCUGUGGGAAAUCAUUCACAAGAGCAGAGCAUUUGAAAGGCCACAGCAUAACCCACCUAGGCACAAAGCCAUUCGAAUGUCCUGUAGAAGGAUGCUGUGCUCGUUUCUCUGCUCGCAGUAGUCUGUACAUUCACUCUAAGAAGCAUGUCCAGGAUGUGGGCACUUCAAAAAGCCGCUGCCCAGUUUCCAGUUGUAAUAGACAGUUCACGUCCAAACACAGCAUGAAGAAUCAUGUAGCCAAACAGCACAACUUGCGCCAAGAUAUUCUAACUCACCUAGAAGCUGCAAGUUCUCUUACACCCAGCAGUGAACUUACCAGCCCAGGACAAAGUGAGCUCAAUAAUAUAGACCUAGUGUCUCUCUUCUCUAGUGCAUCUGGUGAUAGCAGUAGCUCGACAGUCGCAUCUGACAUGACAUUGGUGAACUCUGGAAUCUUGACUAUUGAUGUUAAUUCUAUGAGCUCAUCUCUGGGAGGAAACCUUCCUGUAAACAAUUCCUUGGGACAAAUGGACCCUCUGGUGCUCGUUGCCAAUAGUGACAUUUCUCCCAGUCUGGAUAGCCCCCUGAUGCUUGGGUCAGCAGCCACGGUUCUUCAGCAGAGCAACUUAAAUUCAGAUGAUGUGCAAACUGUAAGUGCAGAAGCAUUGGGUUGCCUGGUAUCCCUACCUGUGAAGAAUUUGAGUCACGACCCACAGGCUUUGACCUCCAGCAAUGAUGCAGCAUUGAACAUAUUCACACCAACCCCUUCAACCAGCCCCAGUGGAAACAACCAUGUCCCAGAACUGCUGGCUCCAAUCAAAAUGGAGCAGAGUUUGCCUCCUGGCCCAGAUGCUGGGCCACAAGAAAGAGGCAAAGUGGUGUCCCAGUGUGCGCUCUCCGACCCGGCAAAGAACUGCAGUUCUCAGAAAGACACAGACCUCGGUGCAGUGCCUGGCAACUUGUAUUUGGAAAGUGGGGGCUCAGCAAGAACUGAUUACCGAGCUAUUCAACUAGCCAAGAAAAAAAAGCAGAAAGGAACUGGGAACAAUGCAGGAUCCUCGGGGCCUGCUGCAAGAAAAACUAAAACUGACAAAACCAGCCCUCCUCACUCGCACACAAGUCAGAGUAAUUGGCUGUGUGGGGACGUAGCACCAUGUGGAGGUCUGUCGGGACCAGAGCCCGCAGCUGGGGUGCGAUGUGUUCAGGUCCAGCUACUGCAGGAUGACCCUGCAGGUGAAGGUGUCUUGCCACUUGCACUCAGCUUGCAGCCCCCCCUGCUCCGCCCUCUGCUCACCAUGGACUUGCCUAUCUACGUCCUCCAGGAAGUGUUCCCAGCCCCAGAGGAUACAGCAGGUCCUGAGGCUGCCCCGUUUGCCAGAAGCACCAUCAACCUUCAGGAUUUGCAGUGAAAGUGCUGGCUGCGGGCGCCCUGAAGACUUGAUUUAGAUGGGUCUGUGGGUGUGGCUGGGGCUUCUCAACUUCGGCUCCAAAGUCCAGCCUAGUUUUUCAGAGAACUUUUUGGUACAUUUAUAGAACAUAUUUUGCUUUAUCUUUUAUCAGGAACCAGUUUGGGCUCUGCUGUUUGUGCCCUAUACAGAGGCAGUUCUUUGGAAUGUGGGGCUCAGCUCCGAAGGGGCCUGUUGGGUCCUUCCCAGCCACCCUCCAGUACAGUGCCCUUUCUGCCCCUUUUGACAUGAACAAUACAGUACUUGUCACAGUUAAAAAAAAGCGAAAAGAUAUCUGCAGAAAUAGGGUAGAAUUCAGGGUUCCCAGUGGAAAACAUCUUUGUAGUAGACCAGACGAGGUCUUUUAGCUUCGGUGUUUUAACGUUUUGUCUGAGAGAUACAUAGACCAUUUUCUAAGAGUGUAUAACAAGCACUUCGGUCAGGCUGAUUUUGCAGUAUUGCAGUGUAAAUGUGGCCACCUCACAGGGAAUCUAAAUUCUAGUCCAUGUUCUUGCUGUAAAAGUAGGCCAGGUAGGUACAGGCCAGAGGCAGCCAUUCUUUAAGAGAUGGAGAGUGCAGUGGGCCAUCAGUGGACCUGACCCACGGCCUCUCAUAGGGCCCAGGUAUGGGUCAUAAUUUGCAUGGGAGAGCUAACACUUUAAAAAUAAUCUUUCUAAAUUUUGUUGUUGGUAUUAACGUUUAAUAGUAAUUUGAAAACAGCUUAUACAGUGAUGCUCUGAAUACCAUAAAUUGUGUAUAGAACUAUAAUUAUGGUAUGUGUAUGGUUUUUAUUGUUGAGGUGGAGGAAGUCCAUUUAAUAUGUCAAGGUGUAUUUUUACAGAGUAAGGCCUGUCUUGCAAAAAGGCAAGUCGAUAAUCUUAUACAUAUUUAUUUGUUAAUAACACACUUGAUGGAGUGACACAGGGUUGUUCAGAGAUGUUUGUUUUGCCUUGUGCCUUUUCAAGUGUGUGUUCAACAGAUGCUGUUUGGGUUCUCGGUAUGGAGUCACCUAAAUUCUGCCCAUUGUUUGCUUCUUAAAUUUGGGGCUCCUGUCUGUCCGCUUGGAGGUCCAUCUGCCCAGGGUCCCUCUCUGCCUAGAAUUAAAACCAUAUAUAUAAAUGGUUCUCUUCCACCAUCUAAAGUUCAGGUAUUGAAAGGUGUCCAAUUGACACUUGCCCCAGAUUGUCUGCGCGGACAGAUAGUGUGCCCCUUUCUCUGGGCGGCCAGGCAACCCCUGUGCUUUGGCUGUGGGCUCUGUGUGGCCUAGAAGGCUCCCAAAGAGUGGAAGAUCAUUGCCACAGAAGUGCUUCUCUUUGAAGUGGUCUGAAUCUCUUCCGCCCAGGCUUCGGGGAACAAACAAAUAAUUAGGAUAGACUGUUAGUGUCUUGUGAGCACUGAGGUUUGCAGUUGGUGAUGGGCCCGACUCCUAGUGCAAGUGAAUAAAAGUUUUUGUAAUGUCAUA